CGCUAGGCCACCAUGCCCUGCGGAAGUCGAAUUGUUUCAGUCGGACACUGUGGAAAACACUGAAGUGGUCGCGCGAAGGGGGCGAAUAAAGAGUCGCAAGCACACUGUAGGCACCCAGGACUGGGCGGAGAGAGGGUUAACUAUCCCAUAAGCCCACGAGACCCACGUAAACACUGAGAAAAGGGUUUCAAACGGCGCCCUAACCCCCGCGAGGUCCCGAGUGUGUGGGCGCAGCGAGGCGGGAGGAGAUGGAGCCCUCGCCGGCUAAGGGUAAAGCGCAGGGUCGCAUUCUGGUGUCCACCAGCCUGGAUGCCAAAGAUGAGCUGGAGGAGCGCCUGGAGAGGUGUGUAAGCAUCACCACGUCAAUAACCAAUGGACUGUCAGAGCGAGAAGCCAAUGAUGCCCUCACUGCUCAUGUGUGUAAGGGUCCACAGCAGCAUGAGGAGGUGUGUCUGGGUCUCUUCACACUUCUGCUCACAGAGACUUCACAAGCACAGAGGUGCUACAGAGACCUGGCGCUCGUGAAUCGGGAUGGCAUGAAUGUGAUAUUAAUGAAAAUCAACCAGAUCCUCAUGGAGAAGUUUCUAAAACUACAGGACGUGUGCCGUCAGCAGCUGGUGUGGUUGGUCAGAGAGCUGGUGAAGGGCGGAGUCAUCGGAGCAGACGGAGUCCUCAUGACGCUCAUGAAACAGAUCGCUGGAGGAGAUAUCUCUAGCAAAAACAUUUGGUUAGCAGAAAGCGUGUUGGAUAUCCUAGUGGAACAGAGGGAAUUGGUGCUGAAGAGCGGGAUGUUGGUAGCCAUGUCUGUCUACACGUAUCUGAGGCUCAUAGUGGAUCAUGGGACAACAACCCUGUUGCCACUCAGACAGAGAGAGGUGGACUUUUGCAUCGGGCUGCUCAGAGAGAGGUUCAUGGAGUGUUUUAUCAUCGGCAGAGAUCUUGUCCGGCUGUUACAGAAUGUGGCUCGUAUUCCUGAGAUGGAUUUACUGUGGAGAGAUUUUCUGCACAAUCCUCAAACCCUAAGCCCACAGUUCACAGGCAUUUUGCAGCUCCUCACAUCUAGAACUUCACGCAAGUUUCUGGCUUGCCGCCUCACACCUGACAUGGAGACCAAGCUACUGUUCAUGACAUCACGGGUUCGAUUUGGGCAGCAGAAGCGUUAUCAAGACUGGUUUCAGAGACAGUAUCUGUCCACUGCCGAGAGCCAAUCGCUGCGCUGUGACCUCAUACGCUAUAUAUGCGGUGUGGUUCAUCCAUCCAAUGAAGUGCUUAGCUCCGACAUUCUGCCACGCUGGGCCAUUAUUGGCUGGCUGCUGACUACCUGCACGUCUAAUGUUGCCGCAUCCAAUGCCAAACUGGCUUUGUUUUACGAUUGGCUCUUCUUCAACCCAGAGAAAGACAGCAUCAUGAAUAUUGAACCAGCCAUUUUGGUAAUGCAUCACUCCAUGAAGCCUCAUCCUGCUAUUACAGCAACACUGCUGGACUUUAUGUGUCGGAUCAUCCCAAAUUUUUUCCCACCUCUUGAGGUUCAAGUGCGGCAGGGUGUCUUUAACUCGCUCAACUUCAUCAUGGAAAAGAGAGUCCUGGCUCACCUAGCACCACUGUUUGACAACCCUAAACUAGAUCGCGAGCUGCGGUCCAUGCUGAGAGAACGCUUCCCAGAGUUCUGCAGUUCCCCAUCCCCACCCACAGAAGUAAAAAUGGAGGAAUCGGUUCCAUUGGAGAUGGACAAUCAUGUGCUUGAUAAGGAGGAUGGUUGCUAUGACAACACAGAUGCUACCUUCAGUGACGACGAGGAGGAGUUAAACAAUAAGGGUAAAAAGCGUGAGUUUAGGUUCCACCAGCUGAAGGAGACCUACAUUGAGGAACCUGCUGACAUCACACCUUUUGUGGACCAAUUAGAUGAGGCACUUAAAGAGCGGGUUUUACAGCUGCAGAAAGGGAGUGACACGGAGACUCAUUGCGAGGUCAUGCAGGAAAUAGUGGACCUUAUUUUAGAGGAGGAUUUCGACUCGGAGCAGAUGUCCACGCUAGCUUCCUGUCUGGCUGAGCUGUUUAAGAGUCACUUCAGAGGGGAUGUGUUGCCUGAGGAGAUCACAGAAGAGUCACUGGAGGAGUCUGUCUGUAAGCCGGUGUGUCUCAUCUUCAGGAACUUAUGUCAGAUGCAGGAAGAUAACAGCGGUUUCUCUGUUCUGCUGGAUCUGCUCGCUGAGCUCUAUCAGAAACAACCCAAAAUCGGUUAUCACCUUCUCUACUACCUCAAAGCCAGUAAAGCAGCAGCGGGGAAGAUGAGUCUGUAUGAGUCGUUCGCUCAGGCUACGGCUCUGGGCGACCUGCACACAUGUCUGAUGAUGGACAUGAAGGCCUGUCAGGAGGAUGACGUGAGGCUGCUGUGUUACCUCACACCGUCCAUCUAUUCAGAGUUUCCAGAUGAGACCCUGCGGAGCGGAGAGCUUCUGAACAUGAUCGUGGCUGUCAUUGAUUCUACACAGCUUCAGGAGCUGAUGUGUCAUGUGAUGAUGGGCAAUCUAGUGAUGUUUCGCAAAGACUCUGUCCUCAACAUUCUUAUUCAGUCGUUGGACUGGGAGACGUUCGAGCAGUACAGCACAUGGCAGCUUUUCCUGGCACACAGUAUCCCCCUUGAGACCAUUAUUCCCAUUUUACAGCACCUCAAAUACAAGGAGCAUCCAGAGGCUCUGUCCUGCUUGCUCCUGCAGUUACGCAGAGAAAAGCCCAGUGAGGAGAUGGUAAAGAUGGUUUUGAGCCGACCCUAUCACCAAGAGGACCAGUUUACCACCAGCAUCCUGCGUCACUGGGCUGCUAAACACGACGAUCUGCUGGGAGAACACGUCAAAGCACUACUCAUCAAGAACAACAACAUGCCUCGCAAGCGACAGAGUUUGAGAAGUUCAAGCAGUAAACUGGCCCAGCUGACCCUGGAGCAGAUGCUGGAACAUUUGGACAGCUUGAGACUCAACCUCAGCAACACCAAGAACAACUUUUUUUCCCAGACACCCAUAUUACAAGCUCUGCAGCAUGUUCAGGCCAGCUGUGAUGAGGCACACAAAAUGAGGUUUAGUGAUCUUUUCUCACUGGCUGAAGAGUACGAGGAUUCCUCCAAACCUAUCAAAUCUCGCCGCAAAGCCCCGGCGACCUCGCCAAGAUCCCGCAAGGGCGCGGCUCCACAACCCUGCAAUGAUGAGGAGAGCGCAUCCAGCAGCGCUUCGGAGGAAGAGGACUCCAAACCCAAAGCACCCAAGAGGAAACGGAAAGGCUCGUCCGCAGUUGGUUCUGACAGUGAUUGAGAGAACGAACUCCGGUCUCCACGCCAACCACACCCCAGCAUCCGGCCCCCUCUGCGAUUGUGACGUCACUGGAGACUACCUGCCAAUCAUCUACCUGCCACUCGAGGGCAGCUUGCCCAGACAUACUCUCUACUAUUGUAGGGGCAGAACUAUGGACUCAAACGAGCCUGAGAGACAAGCCCCUUCGAUUGUCUAACCACUGGACUCUUGGACUAUUUACAGCCUGAGAGUUUGGUAAACGUGCAAGGAUGGACGCAGUGGGGGCGGCUAAGCCUGGAAAACUAGAUCCAGACCGGCAUAGAUUGACAGAUGUGCAUACAAGACAGACUGCCUUAAAAAGUGUAGGGUUACUCAAUGCCCCAUAAAAAUUCAUGUGCUUUAAAGCGCCCACAAACUAAUGACAGUUAACCAAAACUAUAGAUUGUAAUGUGAAAUACAUGAAUCUUAAACCGGUUAAAGAUUUUACUGUAUUUGGAAGCUCAUUUUGGAAUUGAAGAAUCAAAUAAGGAACGUGACGUUCGAGCCUUUUAUCUUUUCAUGUUUCCCCUGUCCAUUAUAAAUAAAGAUUGACGCUCUGUCCUGUUUGAAUGCUGUGGCACUUCAGAAUGGCACCUGGGACUUUACAGAGGGAAAAACUUUCCGUGUCCUAAUUUUUAUCUCAUGAUUUCAAUGCACAAAGUGGCAGAAAGUUGGACUGUACAGAUGAUGGACUCGACUUGUUGGACUUUUUAAAAAAUUCUUUCUACUGACUUAUUUUCAUAAGAACAGAUUGUAACUAUGUUAAAGGACUAUGAUAUUAAUAAAAAAUGCUG